AUGAGAAAUGAUAAAGUUUGGCAGCUGAUUGCCAAUGAGUUAGCUACUCAUAAUGCAAUUCAGUGCAAAAAUAAAUGGAAAUAUCUCAAAUCAAAAUAUUACGAAAAAAAAGGUAAUAUGUCUGCUAAAGCAUCAGGGACAAAAGUCAUGAAAUUUGACUAUUUAGAAGAAUUUGAUGAUCUUUUUAAGGAUAAUGCCAAUGUUAUUCAUGUGGCUAUCGCUAGCUCUAGCAAUGGAAUUAAAAAUAUAAAAGAAAUAGGAAGCCUCACAUCUACCGAAAAUCAGAAAAAAAGAAAGAAGAGUAUCUUAUAA